CCGGCUUGCCCGGGACCCGGACCCUCCUCACAUCAACAAUCUCGGGCGCUCGCGCGGCGCCGCGGCCCAGUCCCCGCCCUCCUGCUGCUGCCACCUGCCGCCUGGCCGCGCCGGCGGGGACUGCCCAGCCGCCUUCAGGAGGGCAGGCCGCGUCUGCCGCCCCGCGAGACCAGGAGGGCGAGCGCCGGCGGAGCAGGAAGCGAGCAGCCCGCGGCGGCGCCGGGCCGGCCUUGUUUUCCUCAGGCUCGCUCCGCUCGGAGCCGCAGCCUUGCUUGCCUCAGGCUCGCUCUCGGCCGCCGCCUUCUUUCCUUCAGGCUCGGUCGCGGCCUUGCUUGUCCCAGGCUUGCUCCCCGGCCGCCGCCGGCCUCUCGUCAAGCUCGCUCUGCGGCCGUUCCCACCUCCUUCCAGGCUCGCUCCCCGCCACCGCCUUCCUCCUCCUCCUCCUCCCAGGCUCGCUCCCCGGCCGCCGCCCCUCAGCCGCCCAGGCUGCGCCGGUGCUCGCGUGGGGCCUUGUUGCGUUUCAGCUCGGGGUCGCCGCAGGGGCGGGGCUGCUGAGCGGUCUGCCGCGGCCUCCCCUUCGCGGCCUCCCCGGGUCGUCUGCCCGCCUUCCUCCGCAGUCCGGAGCCUGGCGGAGCCCAGACCUGGCGGGGACAGCUGCGCACCCGGCCCGGCACCCAGAGCCUGCCGCCACCACCGCCACCGUCCAUCGUUGGUACCGGCAAUGGCCUUCGUCUCGCCCGAUGUGCUUGUGACUGAUUUGGAUCCGGAAUAUUGAGAACUCACUCCUGUCCCCAUCCCAGCCGUGGCCGCCCACUGGACUCAACUGCAGCGCCGCUAGACUGCCCCAUUUUGAGAGCAUCAUGGACCAAAGUGGGAUGGAGAUUCCUGUGACUCUCAUCAUUAAAGCACCGAAUCAGAAAUACAGUGACCAGACUAUUAGCUGCUUCUUGAACUGGACCGUGGGGAAACUAAAAACGCAUCUAUCUAACGUGUACCCUAGCAAACCAUUGACAAAGGACCAGAGGUUGGUGUAUUCUGGCAGACUGCUUCCUGACCAUCUGCAGCUGAAAGACAUCCUCAGAAAACAAGAUGAGUAUCAUAUGGUUCAUCUAGUCUGUGCUUCUCGGAGUCCUCCCAGUUCUCCAAAAUCCAGCACCGAUAGAGGAAGUCACGAAGCACAGGCAUCCAGCACCAGCUCUAAUUCAGACCAUUCGGAUUCAACAACUCCAUCACCCAGUCAGGAGAGUUUGUCAUUAGUUACUGGUUCUUCAGAAGGAUUGAGACAGCGUACCCUUUCACAAGCACAGACUGACCCAGCCCAGAGUCAUCAGUUUCCAUAUGUAAUCCAAGGAAAUGUGGAUCACCAGUUUCCUGGGCAAGGUGUACCCCCUGGGUUCCCAGUGUACCCUGCGCUCAGCCCACUGCAGAUGCUGUGGUGGCAGCAGAUGUACGCUCAUCAGUAUUAUAUGCAAUAUCAAGCUGCAGUUUCAGCUCAGGCCACAUCAAGUGCCGGCUCAGCCCAGCGUGCUGCAUCGUCACCUCUAAAUUUGGCACAUGUUCCUGGAGAAGAGCCUCCACCAGCUCCCAACCUAGUGGCCCAAGAAAAUGGGCCCAUGAAUGAGAAUGUUCAAAUGAAUGCACAGGGCGGCCCAGUGCUGAAUGAAGAAGACUUGAACCGCGACUGGCUGGACUGGGUGUACACGCUCUCCCGAGCUGCCGUCCUUCUCAGCAUCGUGUACUUCUAUUCCUCUUUCAGUCGGUUUAUCAUGGUAAUGGGAGCCAUGCUGCUGGUUUAUUUACACCAAGCUGGAUGGUUUCCGUUCAGGCAAGAAGGCGGUCAGCAACAGGCUCCCAACAAUGUGGACGCUAACAAUGACGGGCAUAAUGCAAACAAUCUAGAACUUGAAGAAAUGGAGCGCCUUAUGGAUGAUGGACUUGAAGAUGAGAGUGGAGAAGAUGCAGGUGAAGAUGCCAGUGCAGCUCAAAGGCCUGGGUUAAUGGCUUCAGCUUGGUCUUUUAUCACCACCUUUUUUACUUCACUAAUACCAGAGGGGCCUCCCCAAGUUGCCAAUUAGACCUAAAAAACUGUGCCAGCUGCAAAGGAGGGUUUGACUUUAGGAAAGCGGUUUAAAUAACAGUGCAAUUUAAAAACAAUGUAUAACUUUUUUUUUGAUUAUCAUGUACAGAGGUCUUUUCUUUAAGCUUCUCAUGCAUAUGAAUAUUUUAAGCACAAAUGGACUACUAAGCUUGUGAUUUUUCUUUGUUUGUUUAAAGAUCCUAACAACAUAGCAUUGCUAACAGUACUGGUCUUCCAGCUUUAUUCAUUUCAAUUAUGUAUAGUGCGCCAAGCAGAACCACUGUGUAUUAUUUCUUUAAAGAGCUGCUACACCUUUAAAUGUUCAUAGCUAGAUGGCCAGCCCUUCAACGUGUACUUUGAAUAAAUAUAUCUAUUUUCUGUGAAUUAUCCUGAAAGUUUUAAACAGAAAUGACCUCAUAGUUUUUAAUAAAGUUUAUUUACCUAAAA